AUGAAGGGAUUUAAACAUGAGGAUGAGGAUAGAAGCAACAGAGUUUUAAACAGCAUUAAGCAUAUGGAAGGCACAAAAUUGGGAGAGACUCUCUGGCACCUGCUGCUCUCUGGCUCCUGUUUUGUGAUACUGGCACUCUUCAGAGCUCUCCUUAUUGUUGCUCCAUCGCACCUGGCAUCAGGUUGCAUUCCUUGGCUCAAACAAGCUGAGGCUCGGGAAAGGGAAGGGAAGGGAGUUCAGCCACACAGGUUUCGGCUCCAUCAACAAAGUGUCGAUGUCCACUGCAGCAGCAGGAGCCAGAAAGGAGAGGGAAAUUGCAGUCAGCAUUCUCAAAGUAUGGAGAGAAGCAGCAGGAUUGUGAAUACCCUGAAGGGUGUAUUCCCAUUUUUCCCACAGCAGGUACAAGCAGAUUCCUUGGGAACUCAAGCCAGGACAAGACUGCGCAUCUUAUGGGGAGCUUUACUCUUGCUGGUCAUGGCCACAAUUAUUGGGGUCUCAACCAUGAGCAUCCUAGGUCUGAAGGCAAGCAACCAACAAGUUGUUCAGAUUACAUUUCACGAUGUGCAGGGUGCUAUGGUCAGUCAGUCAGCAGUUGUGAACAAGGAAGGGGACCUGGUAACAUACCAUAUAAUGGACAGGAACCGUACAGCAGUGGUGCUGUUUGACAGCAAGAAUCAUUUAGUUUGUUAUCAACUGGGAGGGGGUAACAUUUGUCUAGUUCGGAAAAUGUUGGCUGCUGACCAGAAGAAUAUUCACACUGUCAUCACUGCCCAGAAGCAUAAGUUGUUGCUGCCAAGAAAUGAAACCCAAUUCUCCAGGGAGUAUUUUGGAAUCCUGAGUAAAAAGAAAGUGGAUCUACUGACUUUGGGUGAUCAUGUUGACGGCCUCUGCAAUCACAUCUCUGUUUACUGGCUGCAGAAAAGUAACAGGCCUGGGAGGCAACGGCUGAUCUACUUCUGCAUCGAUAUCUGUUUUCCAAACAAUGUCUGUGUCUCCGUGUGUUUUUACUAUCUGCCAGAUUAAACCUUGCCUGCACUACUUCCUCACGUUAGUCAUUGAUCACAGAACAUAGCCGAUUUGUUCUAAAAAGAGUAACUUAAUUGCUUUUCCUUUACUCUUACAUUUCCGAUUCCUUUCUUUCCCAAUUCUUAUUCAGAGCACCAGCAACUAAUUAAUAAGCUUCUAUGCAAGGAUAUGCAACAACCUAUGUACAGAGGGGAGGUGAAUUGAAGAGGGAGGAAGUUACUUUCAUUUGCCUGGUUAGUCUGUUGAAUACAAUAUGCCACUUCUUCCCAAGUUCAGAAUUAAUAUAUUUUGUUAUUGAAGUAUUAGCGGUUAAAAAUUACCAAAAUUCAAGAUUUUACAAUGGCAUCAGAGAACUAGUUUCUUUAUAUUGCUUCAUGCAGUUGCCUAUUUGUUACUGAGAUGUACACCAUCCAUCUACAUGUUCUUGAGUUUUCCAGAGAAACAAUAAAACUGAUCAACUCGC